AUGAAUUUGUUUCGUCCUCCUCUAACUUCUUUUAUAAAAACUCUUUCAGAUCCAUAAUUAGAAUCAGAAUAAUUUAUGAUUGGUAAUGAAUCUAUAACAAGCAAGAAGGAUAUGAUUAAAUAGUUACAAGAGUAAAUCAUGCAUUUUAAGGAGGCUCACAAUUUUACAUAGUCUGAAAUAGAAGUGAUAAGAUAAUUUGAAUUACUUCUAGAAAACAAACAAAAAAGAAGAGCCUUUGAGAUUAAUAUCCAUAGUCAAACCCAAGAUUUAGUAAGGAAAAAGAAAUCAGAAUAAUUUAGACAAAAGCGUACAAAAAGAAGAGCUAACAUUAUGGUAUAUGCUAAGAAAUUAAAUGCAGCAUAAAAUAGAUUUAGAAUAUUAGGUCAAUUUAUAUCAAAUAAGGAAAUUCAAAUUAUAUAAGAAACUUUUGGAUAACAUGUCUUUAGUGAUAGUCGUAAUUUUACUCUCAAAAUUGGAAGAGCAUUAAAAAAUAAAUUUGGAUACGAAUACUAUGAUAAAUCUCAAGUGAUAAAAGAAAUUUUAAAACUAAAAAAACAACAAGACUAGAUUUUGAGUCGUAUAUAGGGAAAGAAAUAAAUAUUUUGCAUAAAAACUAAAUAAUUAAAAUAAUAAUAAUCAUGA